AUUGUAAUUGAAUGAAAAAUACCAGUGCCUGAGUUUUCUUCCAUUUAGUCCAUUUCUAUUGGAGGAAUUAUACUUCUGCUAUAUCUGCAAUAUCAAAACUAACGUGCAAAUUUAUAACGCCCCGAGCUGCAAGAUUACAGAGAUGUCGGCGAUCAACCCAAUAAAAGUCAGCCAGGACAGAACGACUCAGUUCAUUUGAAGACUCCGAGAUCCUGAAGAUGAAGUGCUUCAAGAUCCCCGUUGUUAUUGUGUUACUUCAUCUUGCGCUUAGUUUAAGUGCACCCGUCAACGAUACGGAACUGUUUAGCGGAAACGACUCGGAUCAAGACCGGAAUUACAUCAAACAAAACGGACCAGAAUCCAAAACCGGGCUUCAGGAGCAAGAAUUAUGUGGUCUGAGUGUGAAGGACCGCGACACUCUGGAAGUGAUGGAGGAAGCCCGUUGUGGGGUCCCAGAUACGCGGAGGGUAGACACACGCUGGCCAUAUACACACGUCACCUACAGAAUCGUGAAUUACACGCCAGAUCUGACAGAACAAGAGGUAGACGACACUAUUGCCCGGGCCUUUAAUCUCUGGAGCGAUGUUAGUGCUCUGACCUUGGUCAAACUGAUCGAAGGAGAUGCUGAUAUCAUGAUAUCGUUCGGGAAUUGCGAUCACGGGGACAAAUACCCGUUCAAGGGACCAGGUGGGGUUCUGGCUCAUGCGUUUUAUCCUGGCACAUCCUCUCUAAAUGGCGACACUCAUUUUGAUGAAGACGAAACAUGGACCUUGACCAAAGACAGAUAUAACCUUUUCCUUGUUGCGGUUCAUGAAUUUGGCCAUUCACUGGGACUGUCGCACUCAAAUAGUUCAUCUUCUAUUAUGAACGCAUACUAUCAUUAUGUCGAUACCGAUGGGUAUAGCCUCCAAGAGGAGGAUGCCAAACGAAUCCAGGACUUGUAUGGAAAACGCGAAAACUAAUACAAAAGAACCACAGCAAAAAAACGAACAUUUGGAUUAACGAUAUGUGUGUUGUCUUAAGAACUGCAAACAUUUAACUAUCAAAGCAUUAUAAUUUAAAACCAGACAGAUUUGAUUAAAUGUGAUUGUUUUGUUAGGGAAAAGGGAAUUAAAUGGUUUAUAAUCUCAAACAUAUUU